AUGAAAAAAAUGCUUGCAUAGUUAAUUUUAAAAAUUAGAUUUUUCGCUUUCAGCCGUUGCAUCAGAACUUUGAAUGGUCUAAAAUACCAUGACGUCGGAUUUUCACUCUUUUCUAGUUUCUGAGAUCUAAACGGGACGGACGGAAGGACGGACCGACAGACAUCCCUUUCAGGGGCCGCUAAAAAUAAACAAAUUAAUAUAUCAAUAAGUGGUAAUUAACUAAUUAGGAGGAGAAAAACCUUGCACUAUUGAGAGAUAUGGAAGUAAUUACUCAAUAUAUGCUUUGUUUUUAAGAAAGUAUUUUAGUAUGUCGUGUUCACUUUAUGACAUUCAACGUUGUGCAGGUCUCAACACCAGUCUCUAUGUCACAUCGUGUCCAAGCUUAGCAAGUUGACUCGCCUCCAAGGAAGUGUCAGCCUAUUUUUCUCUGUCCUUAUCAUCUUCUUCGCUAUGUACAGCCUAGGGAGCGAACAGCUGAACAUGGGCCACGUCCUCGUGCAGAUUAUCACUAUCGUCUGGGCACUGCUGCCUAUACUUCAAGUUUGUUUCAUUUGGGGUCGUAUGCCAGCUGCGGCACAUUCUAUUGUUGAAUCUAUUCGCUAUCUUUCUACAACCGGUCUAUCUCAAACAUUUUUAAUACAGAUUCAACUGUUCGUCUCCAUUUGUUCCAGUACUAAAAUGGGUAUUAACGUGUUUGGCUUUUUUACUAUCGACUCCCAGACAGGUGUAAUGAUUCUGGGCACCAUAGCCACCUAUGGUAUUGUGGUCAUACAAUUCCAGCAGGAAAAGUCAAAUGAUUGUCACUACAACGUCAGCCAAAUCCUGUAGCAUUGCUACAAGUACUUCUACUUAAAGGGAGAGAAUAAGAAAAGUACAGAAAAGGAGAAUUCCCAUUCAAUGAAGAUGCUCCAUGACCCAAUGAGUGACUACUUGUUCAUGUCUGAAGAUGCUCCAUGACCCAAUGAGUGACUACUUGUUCCUGUCUGAAGAUGAUGCAGAUUUGAAGAAACGCGUAGACUUGGCGAUAAAAUAACUUGAAAUUUAUUAAAUUAAACACAAUGUACAGUAUAAACAACGACAGUUGCUCUAGUAACAAUAUUCAAAGUAAUAAAUAUUUUCAGACAAUUCAGAGUGUUCAAUGAAAUCUAGCAUGCUCACAUUUUCAUUAAAUUAACACUAUUACACAUAACAUACACUAUGGUGGUUUCUAUACUAGGCUAACGUGACCAUUGCAGUGCUUGUGACUUGAUUAAAUAUUUAUAAAUACUUCAACCUGUCAACAUUAAAUACAAUAUCUUUGAAUCAUCUGCACAAAGUUAAAAGGUUGCAAGAAGGAAUU